AUGUCGGUGAUUGUUGAAAGGGAAAUUUUGUUAGGAAAGGAGGAAAUAGAGAUUAUGUCGCCUUAUGCAGAAUUAGUUAGAUCGCUUACACAGGGGGAUGUUUUAGAAUUAUUUCCAGAGGUGAUUCCGAUCAAUAAUAGGCCCAAUACGCAUUCGAGUGCUUCAUCGGACCAAGAUCAGAAGGACACGGUUUUCAAGGGGCAUGAUGAGGAGCAGAUUAAAUUGAUGAAUGAGAACUGUAUUAUUUUGGAUUGGGAGGAUAAUGCUAUUGGUGCAGGGACUAAGAAGUUGUGUCAUUUGAUGAGCAAUAUUGAUAAGGGUUUGUUGCACCGGGCGUUUUCUGUGUUUGUGUUCAACAGCGAGGGUAGGUUGUUGUUGCAGCAGCGUGCUAGUGAAAAAAUCACUUUCCCAGAUUUGUGGACUAAUACGUGUUGUUCACAUCCACUUUGUGUUGACAGUGAGAUUGGCCAGAAGGGGAGUUUAGAGGCCAAGGUUCAAGGGGCGAAGGUUGCAGCGGUUAGGAAGUUGGAGCAUGAGUUAGGGAUUCCUCAGGAUGAGGCCUUGGAGCGUGGGCGUUUCCACUUUUUGAAUAGAAUUCAUUAUAUGGCGCCAAGCAAUGGGCCAUGGGGUGAACACGAGAUUGAUUAUAUUCUUUUUUACAAGGUAUCGGAUGGUCAGCAGCUUACUGUUCAGCCUAACCCCAAUGAAGUGCGCAACUCAAGGUGGGUAACGCAGCAGGAGUUGAAGGAUAUGUUUGCAGAUCCGCGGCUCAAAUUUACCCCAUGGUUUGAGCUAAUCUGCGAGAGCUAUUUGUUCGAAUGGUGGGAACAGCUACCUGAUUUGUCGAAUGUUGAAAACGAUACCCAGAUCCACAGAAUGGUUUGA